GUCGGGUCGUAAAGUGCCUGACCUGAGGGGCAUCGGAUUGUGGGCAACCCGAUCAAGAUUUCUUACAGGCUGAGGUCAGCCGGAGGUCCGGCUGAUGGGUCUCGGGCCGUUUUUCGAUCGCAAAAUCUCUAAUGUAACAACCCUAUGACUUGGGAACCCAUGUGCAACCUUGCAAGUUGCAUUGGCAAGCCAAUCCUGAUCUGCAGAAAGAGAGCAUUGCAUGGCUGGGGUUCUGUUUUUGAGGCGCAAUUCAGCUUGACAGCAGCGGCAGAUCAGGCGGCAUUGAUUGGCACACACUGUUUUGGCACGUCAGGGACGGAGAGGAGCUGAAUCCAGGGGGCCAAGAUGGUGCUUGGAGCAGCUGCCCGGGCUGUUCUAUCGCAGGCGGGGAGAAGAACAGGGACUGAGUUUGCCCCUCUUGGAGGAAGACAAUGGACCAGACUGUUGCAGACAUCAACCACCACAGAUUUGAAGAGCAGAGUGGCUGAUAUGAUCCCUGAAGAACAGGCAAAGCUGAAGGAGUUGAAGACCAAGUAUGGGAGCGUUGUGCUUGGAGAAAAUACAUUAGACAUGGCGAUUGGAGGGAUGCGCGGCAUCAAGGGAAUGUUCUGGGAGACGUCACUCCUUGAUCCAGAAGAGGGUAUCCGGUUCCGCGGCUGGUCCAUUCCUGAGCUCCAGAAGAAGCUGCCAACUGCAGUUGACAAGGGGGAGCCUCUUCCUGAGGGCCUGCUGUGGCUCCUGCUUACUGGCGAGGUACCCACAAAGGAACAAGUGUCUGCACUGUCUGAGGACUUGAAGGCGCGAGCUGGGUUACCAGGUUACGUGCACGACACGCUGCAAGCGCUGCCAAAAGGAGCUCAUCCCAUGACGCAGCUUUCUGUCGGUGUUAUGGCGCUGCAGAGCGAAAGCAAGUUCGCGGAGGCGUACCAGAAGGGACAUAGCAAGAAGUUGUAUUGGGACCCCGUCUACGAAGACUCCAUGAACCUUAUUGCCAAGCUGCCAGAACUGGCCGCAACCAUCUACAGAAACACGUUCAAGGGCGGGAAACUCAUUCCAUCCGACACGAGCCUGGAUUAUGGCGCCAACUUUGCUCACCAGCUGGGCUUCGACGACCCCGAGUUCUACGACCUCAUGCGGCUGUACCUCACCAUCCACUCUGACCACGAGGGGGGGAAUGUCAGCGCACACACGGUGCAUCUGGUGGGCAGCGCCCUGUCGGACCCGUACCUGUCGUUUGCUGCGGGCCUGAACGGGCUGGCGGGCCCGCUGCACGGGCUGGCCAACCAGGAGGUGCUGCGCUGGCUGGAGGACGUCAAGGCCGAGCUGGGCGAGCAGGAACUGACCAAGGAGAAGAUCGCGGACUUCGUGCACAAAACGCUCGCGAGCGGAAAGGUUGUGCCUGGCUACGGUCACGCAGUGCUCCGAAAGACGGACCCUCGCUACACGUGCCAGCGAGAGUUCGCACUCAAGCAUCUGCCGGACGAUCCGCUCUUCAAGCUUGUGUCGCUGCUGUACGAGGUGGUGCCGGGGAUCCUGUUGAAGGGUGGCAAGGUGAAGAACCCAUGGCCCAACGUGGAUGCCCACAGCGGCGUCUUGUUGCAGUACUACGGCCUCACCGAAUCCAACUACUACACUGUACUCUUCGGUGUCUCAAGAGCCAUGGGCGUCCUGUCGCAGCUUGUGUGGGACCGUGCUCUGGGGCUGCCCAUCGAGAGGCCAAAGAGCAUCACAUCAGGAUGGAUCAAGGACUUCGUGGCAAAGCAAGGCAAGAAAUAGCAACGCUCAAGGGUGGCCUGGUUCGGUAAAGCUCCUACUACAAUAAGUAAUCAUAGGUAUUUCAGCAGUUCUGCUCCUACUUAGAUUGCUUUGUUAACAGAAGCCUUUAUGGGUUCUAUAAGGACAGUAGCUAGGUUCAAUUUAGAUGCAACAUUCGUGUAGCCAAAGAUGUCAAGUGUUGGAGUUUGUGCCAGCAGGCUUGUGGAGAAGUUUCGUCACGUCAAUGCAUUGAUUGCUUUGGUUGUCAGUGGUGUGAGUUGCAGCAUUGGCGCAACAAGCCUGACCCAAGCCUGCUUGCGAAACGUACUUGGUUGAUGCCUUUCAGCGAUCAUUGCUUCAUACGGGUG